CUCGACGCGAUGUUGACCAAGUAGACGCAAUCACUCUGCAGCUGAUCUCUUUGAUUCUCAAAGCACUUGACUACUAGGAACCAUUUCUUUGAAAUCGAGAUUUGGCGAUUCCGAUUCGACUGCGAGCAGACAAAGCAGGAGCAAACAGGCCAAACCCGCCGCCCGCUGCGAUCUCCGCAGGAUCGCCGUAAACAGGAUCGCAUUUCCGCUACGCCUCUUUAUUCUCGCUCACUCCAUACCUCCUACAGCUUUCAAGAUGAUGGACGACUCGGACGAUGAUUUCUACGAUCCCGCCGAUACGGUGCCUGUCUCUCACCAUCAGAAUGGUGCUCAGAAUGCCCCCGCGGGUAACAUGCAAGAGGAUUAUGAGGAAGAAGAGAUAGAAGUGGACGAAGAUGAUGAUGACUUCAACAUUAUUACCGAAGCACCUGCCGAUGCACCAGCCCCAGAAGCCCCACAUCCUCGCCAUGCCAAUCUGCGCGCGGAGUCGCAACGACCCUCGUCCGCAGAGUCUCCUCCUGCCCCGAAACCCGCCACUCCCUCUCUCACUCCCAAAGUAGAAUCCGCCACUCCCGUGCCUCUCAGCGCAAGACCUCCCGCCCCCCAGAAGCCGGGCUCCGCAUAUCCUCCGGUCCAUGCAUCCACAAUCGAUGUCCACGCCAACCCGGUCCACCCGACGACAGGCAAGCCGAUAUUGCUGACUGACAUGGAUGCGGACUUUCCGGAAGACGACAAGCCAUGGCGCCGGCCGGGAUCCGACAUCACAGACUACUUCAACUACGGGUUCGACGAGUUCACAUGGGCCAGUUACGUAUUGAAACAACAGGAGUUGCGCAAGGAGAUUGGGGACCAGAAGAGACAAUUGGAUGAUAUGCAAGCUUUCCUAGGCAUGGGAAUGCCCCCGAUGGCCGGUGGACCACCCGGUCCGGGUGUUCCUCCCAGCACCGCAGCGCCUCCCAUGCCCGGUAUGCCCGGUAUGCCGGACAUGUCGCCGGAGAUGAUGCAGGGAAUCCUCACGAGCAUGAUGUCGCAGGGCUUGGACCCUGCAUCGAUGGACCCUAUGACCUUCAUGCAACAUGCCCAGGCACUCAUGGGCGGACAACCCGGCGCAGGCGGCGGACAGCAGGGUCAACCUGGAUUUGGUGGUCAGGGUGGUGGUCAACCCCAGAUGGGUUACGGAGGAGGAUUUGGCGGAGGGGGGCGUGGACGAGGAAGACGAUGGUACAAUGGGUUGGGAUUUGGAGUUCAGAAAAUAUCUUUCCUCCGCAACGUCAAGAACCUUGCCCCCCUCCUGGACCGCGUCCUGGUCCAGCGUGUCAAGCCCGAGGCUAAGACCGCCUCCGGUAUCUUCCUCCCCGAGAGCAGCGUCAAGGAGCAGAACGAGGCCAAGGUCCUCGCCGUCGGCCCCGGUGCCGUCGACCGUAACGGUCAGCGCAUCCCCAUGGGCGUUGCUGUCGGUGACCGUGUCCUCAUCCCCCAGUUCGGUGGUAGCCCCAUCAAGGUCGGUGAGGAGGAGUACACCCUCUACCGUGACUCUGAGAUCCUCGCCAAGAUCAACGAGUAAAUUGGACUAGCAAAAUGAUGUUCAACGCUUGUUGCCUGUUGUUUAAGCCGCCUAUAACGUGUAUUAUACCUUUUUCUUCC